GAGGAGGGCGAGGACGAGGCGCACCGGGCCGCCAUGCAGCGCCAGGCCGCCGCCGCCGAGGACUUCGCAAGGAGGCUCGAGGGAGCCUACGGAUCUCCGGAUGCCGAAGGAGAUGAAGAUGACUCGGACCGAGAAGAUCAAGGGAAUGCUGCUGUCAAGGUUAUGUGCCGCUUAUGCUUGUCAGGAGAAAAUGAAGGUAGCUCCAAAGCUUCCAAAAUGCUUCCAUGCAAACUCUGCCACAAGAAGUAUCAUCAGAAGUGUUUGAAAAGCUGGGGUGAUCAUAGAGAUCUCUUCCACUGGAGCUCAUGGAUCUGCCCUUCUUGCCGCAGCUGUGAGGAGUGUCGGCGGCCUGGUGAUCCCAAUAAGUUAAUGUUCUGUAAAAGGUGUGAUAGUGCUUAUCACUGUUACUGUCAGCAACCCUCACACAAGAAUGUUCCCCAAGGACCAUACUUGUGUCCAAAACAUACAAGGUGUCACAGCUGUGGAUCUGGUGUACCUGGGAGUGGCCAUAGCACAAGGUGGUUUCUGGGGUACACAUGCUGUGAUGCUUGCGGGCGGUUGUUUGUGAAAGGAAACUACUGUCCAGUUUGCUUGAAGGUUUAUAGAGAUUCUGAAGUUAUACCUAUGGUUUGCUGCGAUGUUUGUGAAAAGUGGGUACAUAUUGAAUGUGAUGGCAUCAGUGAGGAAAAGUACCAGCAGUUCCAAGCUGACCAAAAUCUACAGUAUACAUGCGCAUCGUGCCGUGGUGAAUGCUGCCAGAUCAGGGAUGCAGACGAUGCAAUUCGCGAGCUUUGGAAGAAGAGGAACAUUGUUGAUCGUGAUCUUAUGGUUAGUUUAAGGGCUGCUGCUGCACUGCCUUCUUUAGAAGAUGUGUCACCAUCAUGUCCAAACUCGGAUGAUGAAAGACUCAGAGCAGUUGUAUUGAAAAAUGAUGGUAGAAACACGCUGAAGUUCUCUUUCAAAAGUAACAGCAGUAAGCCUCCAUUAGAUCAAUCUGAGCAAGAGAAGAAUGUUCCCAAGAUCUCAGGGUCAAACAAAAAGCAUUCCAAGAAAAAACGCAAUCACGGUAAUAAGUCAGUUGACCCAGAUGAGGUUUUUUUGGAGAAGAGGCAUGAAGCCAAAUCAUUGAGCAGUCUCUUGGGAGAUCAUACUGUAGAGGGUAAUCAGGAGAGGGAUUCUUUCAAGAACGAUGAUACUCGAAGUUCAGAGAAGGAUUUGAAAUCCUCAUUUGCAAAAGCUGCAGCAAACAAUUCGGAAAUGAUACCAAAAGUCAAAAUUAGAGGCAGUAAGGCCCCAAAUUUGCAUUUCAAAGAUAUAGGCGAGGAAACUACUACCAAGAGUGAUGCAGGAAAGGGUACCAAGUUGGUUAUUCAUCUUGGAACCCGUCACAAAAGUAAAAGUGGCUCUCCUAAGUCUGAAAUGCCCAACUCUCACAAAGAGCGAGAGCUUGGUUCAAUUCCUGGAGGGAAAAUUGAUGUAACAAGCCAGUCCAAAAGCUCGAAGAGUGAGAAAAAAGAAAAAAGUGUAAUGAAGUUAGUUAGAGAGACUGCAGUACAUCAAAGGAACAGCCUUUUGGGAGAAUUGGGCACUUCAAAGAAGCAUGUAACUGGAAAAAGGAGCACUUCUGUAGUUUCUGCGAUGGAAAAUGCAAGUGAAGGCGGUACAAGAAGCAGAUCAUUUGGACACAAACAAUCUAUUUCAAAUCAGCUGCCGGAGAACCAUGGCACUGCUUCUCCUGACAGCUUAAAGCCCUCAUUGCUCAAACUCAAAUUUAAGCGUCCUCAUUUCGAGCAGCCAAGUGCCCAGGUUUCUCAACCAGAGGAGCUAGCCACCUGGGCUUCUCAGCAAGAGGAGUUAAAUGUUGCUAAAGGCCAGAGAUCAAAGAGGAAAAGGCCUUCAAUAGACAAGAUGGAUGGUUCGGAAGGUAAGCCCCCAUCCAAGAGGCAUGCGCAGGGCACAGGCGAUGAAGCGAUGGAUGCGACCUGGAUACUGCGCAAGUUGGGCAAGGAUGCAAUUGGGAAAAGAAUUGAGAUCCAACUAGCUUCUGAUGGCAAAUGGCAUCAAGGGGUGGUAUCGAAUGUCGUCAGUGGCAUGCUCGGUGUUCAGUUAGAUAAUGGUAGCUCCGAGAACUUGGAGCUGGGAAAGCAGGCGGUUCGUUUGAUAGCUCAAAGAUCAAAGGGGGGAAAAAGAUGAAUGAAGCCUUCUCCAUCUAUGUCUUGGCUCUUCCCCUCAGUGCUGGCUGGCAGGGUUCAGCAGGUUGUGUAACAUCGCAGCAUUGUUGGCUGCUGUUGUCCAUGAUGUGGCUCCUCCCUGUGCUGCCACUGCUUGGACGAGACAUGGAGCGCAACCUAGUUUGUUGCGCCCGUCCGUCACCAGUCUAUCAUGUAACAGACUUUUGCGUCAUGUGCCGUUUGAAGCUUUGUUGGCUUCAUUGAAUUCUGUUAGGAAAAGAUGGGAUGGUCUUAGGGUACCAUGGAUGUAAAACAAGUGGUUAGCCCGAUGACAGGAUGUUCUUGUAUGUGUAGUUGAUGAUUGAGAUUUUACCUCUUCCUGGAAGAAAAGUUUCAACUGCUAUAAUUCCUUGUUUUCUGGUAUGUUUUCAAUAAGUUUGACCCCGUAUCA